GUAAGUCUCCUUACACAUGUAUCAGCUCCGAAAACACCUGCAAGGCUGCAAUACCAAAUGUUUAGGGUUUAGCCGUUCUGCUUCAUAUCCGACUAUAUGUGGGCCGCUCUACGAUCUCGCUCCGUCCUAUUUUCAGCUCAAUCUCCAUCAUCUUCUGCAUUCCUCCGACCAUGGAAGCAAGGGCUUCUCGGCCUCAACUUCACCACAUCCACUUCGUCCUCUACCAUUGAUAGAGGUCUGUUGGAUCUUCAGGAGAUCGAGAAUGUUCUGACUGACGUUAGAGCAGACAACGUGAAGGUCAUACCGGCUCCGAAGCACUGUGACUGGGCCGAUUUCAUGGUGGUCGCCACCGGUAGGUCUACCUGGCACGUCAAGAAUAUUGCUCAAGCCCUAAUCUAUAAGGCCAAGCAAAAGCAGAAAGGAGCGGCUCGAUUAGUGCUGCCAAGUGUGGAAGGGGAAGAGGGAGGAAAGUGGAUUGUAAUUGACUCUGGCAAAGUGAUUGUUCAUGCUCUUGAUGAGAAGGCUAGGGAAUACUACAAUCUGGAGGGUUUGUGGACCACAGACAAAUCCCAAAACGACACAGCCCAGCAUGAUGAUGCAUGAUAAACACCCUCCCUGCAACCUCACUAUGCAGAUGGAUGUUUGGUGGCAGUGGCUGCAUCUAUGCUGGCAUGGAUGCCACAUCAUCUGUUUGGAGCGGAUGAAUAGUCAUCUGAAUUGAUUAACAUACAGCAGUUAGUAAUAAGUUUGACAAUGUUACUGGGAGAAUAGGAAAAAAAAUGAUACUGUUAUCUGAUCUGAGCAGUAAUGUUGGAUGGGACCUCAUCACUGUUAUUCAAUGCAAAAUUUGGAGACCUAAGAAAGGAUGGGGAUUCUCAGCCAUUCAGGAAGGUAAUUGGGAGAGGGGCCUGUGGGCCCCCCCUGCUUGAGCUGGUGCCUGGGGGCUCGCAUCAUCGCAUGACCCCUCUCAUUUCCCCUGCAUGCAUUGCAGGAUCCCAGGUCCUCUGAGAAAAAGCGCAAAUAGUUUCUUUUCCUUAAUUUCCUACAUGCACAAUUAAGCAUGUUAUAUUUGGGUUGGCUCAAGUGGUAAAAGUCUUGGUCUUGGUGGUAUGCUCAAGGUUUAUCAUUCAAAUCCUCUAUGGUGCAAACAAUUUCGAGGGGCCAUCUGACUAGGAGAUUUUUCCCUUAAAUUAUCUGAGGUGCAAUUGCGGAAAACUCAUUGCCAAGGGCUUGUGCACCCCUAAGAUUAGUCGGGACACUGUUCUUAGACUGCCGGUGCCAAUAAAAAAAGAAGAAGAAAAAGAAGCAUGUUAUACUAACCAAUGCCCAGUACAUAUAAGCACUAAGGGCCAGUCGCCAAUCAUAGUGAAAAGGCUUGACAGACGAAGAUGAUUUUGAUUGGUUGUAUUUUACUAGGAGUUUUAACCAUUUUUGGUUUCAAUAGCCCUAUGAAUUUUUGGUUUUUUAGUCAUUAAAAGGUUGCUUCUAAUUUUGAGCUUGCCAAACCAGGGUUUGGGCGGGGGAGGGUAAAGGAGAGAUAUGCCUUUGUUGGCCACCAUGAAAGGUUACCUCUUGUUUUAGAAAUUGCAAAAGCCCUAAUGCAAUUCAAGACGUCUGUUAGAUAGAAAAGCAGGACAAUGGUAGAAACCUGAUUAAUCCAUUGAUCAUGUACAGUUCAAUAUCAUCCUUGUUCAGCACGAGUGAUAGUUCUUCCAAACGGAGAAUGAGAAAUCAUAUGGACACUUUUCUCUAGUAUUUUUCAUUCUUUAUUUUUUUCAAAGCAGUAUUGGUGUUUUUGCAUUCUCUCACUUGUAGAUGCAAAAUAUUUUAGGUGCACGUUUACCCCUGUAUGAGCUCAUCUUUUUAACGUGUUCAGGAUUUGGAAAAAGCUUUCGUGAAGGUUCGUCCCAAGAACAACUC